GCAGUGGCAUUGACAGACCUCUAGACGGCAUGGCUCUGAGUCAGAGGGCUAGUCUGGUCCUCUGUGAAGACCCAAAGAAGACACGCAGUUUCAACUCCACUGGGGCCCCAGGUUUAGGCUCUGACACCAUCUCUGGGCCAAACCCAGACACAGACCUUGUUCCUGCCCUGAAUGUCUCCCCGAAUCCUGGCUUGGCUCUUGUCCCAGACCUUCAUCCAAUUCUGAGUCCUGUCUCUGAGGAGGCCCCUGGCCUCGUGUCUGAUAGCACCCCCAGUCCUGAAGAGAGCGGGGCCGUGGCUUCAGCCGCCCUCCAGACCACCUCUUCCCCCUCUGGCGAGGCACUGGGCCUGGAGCUGAAUCACAUCUCGAGGCCUAACUCACAGGGGGCCCUACAUCCAGCCUCACCGCUCGUUCCGAGCCCUGACUCUGCUGAGGCCCAGGGUCCGAGCUCGGACAACCACUCUGGGCUGAAGUCUGAGGAGGCCUUCAAUCCCCACUCAAGCAAGGUUUUUGAGUUGGGUCAGAAUAACUCCAAUCCUUCCAGGUCUGAAUCCAACCCAUUUUUAAGGACCUUUUCAAGAGAAGCCCUCGUUCUGGGCCACUGCCUCUCCAGGCCAUGCUCCAAAGCACUCCUUAUCCCGGCCUCAGGCUCAAUGGAUUCCCCUUCCAAUCACCUGUUCAGUGUGGGCUCAAGAACCGUCUCCAAGCUGGACCUGAAAGGGGCUCCAGGUUCCUGUGGGACCCUAAGCCCAAACACCAACGAGACCAUCAAGUUGGUUUCCCAGGACAUUUCUGGGUCUGUUUCAAAAGGAUCCUUUGGUGCAGCCUGGAACACAAGUUCCAAGGGAAACAUCAAUGUGGCUUUAAAUAGCAAUUCCAGGUCUGAUUUGAACAUGACCGUCACUCAGGCCUCCUGCUUGGCCCUGAUUCCUGGCAGCCAUGAUGAUAUCAGCCUGCGUUCCAGCACCCAUAGACCCAACUCGGUCCUUUCUCCGACCUCGUGCAUGACCUUGAUAAUGGGCUCCAAGGAGACCCUGAGCCUGAGCUCUAGCCUCAUCUUUAGCGACACGUCCACCCUGACCCUGAGCAGCCAGCAGGAUGAUUCUGACGACAACGCCAUCCACACCGUGCCCCUGGAGGAAAGUCAGAGCUGGGGCGAGAUGGCCAACGCCGAGAUGAGCCGGUUCCCGCUGGUGUUCCCCACCUGCAACACUGCAGACAAGGGCACCGCAGCCUUCCGCAGCGUCCCUGAGCGUGAGUAUGGCCAGGGCGACAGCCCGAGAGAGGGCACUGUCGAGAAUGUCAUCACCCUCCAGAAGAGCCAGGAUGAGCCGGAAGGUGACGGAGAGAAGACGACCAUGAUGAAGAAGAUGAUGAGGCAGAUCCAGGAGGAGCCGCUGGAUUCCCUCUCUAGCUCCGUUCGUCAGGAGGCCAUGGAGGCCCUGACGCAGCUGAGCCACACCCAGCCGGCCCUGGGUGUCCGGGAGCGGUCCGAGCUGGUGAACACGUGCGUGAGGAGUGUGUUCUCCCUGCCCUCUGUGCAGGCCAUGCAGGAGAAAGAUGAGGCCAAGGCUGAGAGCAUACAGAUCCUCUACCGCCAGACCCUGGAUGCCCUGCAGACACUGCUGAACGCUCUUUUUGUUGAGGACCCCACUCCUGCUGGGCUGAAGAGCAUUUUGGAGCCCCUGGGGCCCUGGAUGAACUCUGGAAAGGCCCAUGAGCGAGCACGCGCUGUGAACAGCAAUGUCUCUUUGUUGAACCAUACGCUUCUCACCUUGCCUUUCUUUAUGUCUUCGGGAUUCCCUGCGCUGGGGCUUCUGCUGGGGAGACUCAUCCUUCGCAUCGGGGACCCUGAGGAGGACAUAGGCCGGGAGGCUUUGGAUGGCAUCGCCGUCCUCUACACCAUCCUGGAGCUCCAGAAACGAGCCAGAGAUAAGAGGGAGACCAACAAGAGGGAACUGUAUGAGAGCAACAAGCGGUUCUUGGGGCCCUACAACCCUGCCAGCCCAUGCCAGAACAUUCUGCGUGUCGUCGCGGAGUUCGGAGAGUUCCUGGGGCCCCAGCAGGUGAAGGACCUGAUGCUAGCCGCCCUGGAAGGGCUGACAGGCGGCUCAGAGGCCGAGGCUCGGGGGAGAGACUCGGGGGAGAUGAGGCAGCUGGCCUCGGAGGUGACGCUCAGCUCAGUGCUGGAGUGGUACCGGCACAGGGCGCUGGAGGUGAUCCCGGAAAUCAUGCAGGCCGUCUACAUGCAGCUGAGCCGCAUCCAGGAGCCUCGGGCCCGCGAGGUGGCCCUGCUGCCCAUCUCCCUCCUGGCCAGCUCGUUUAUGACCGAGGUCGUCGUGGCCCUGCUCAUGUGCCCCCUCCCACUGGACAGCAAUGGAGCAGAGAUGUGGAGGCAGCUGAUACUGGGCAAGCCCAGCUGUGAAGUCCGAGAUCUCCUGGACCUGCUCCUGACCAGCCUGAAGGAGAAGCCUGUCACCAAGAAGGGCAGGGCCUCCAUCGUGCCCCUAGCGGCAGCCAGCGGCCUGUGUGAGCUCCUGUCGGUGAACAGCUGCCUGGGCCGCGUGAGGCGCAUCUACCCCCAGCUGCUCCUGGCGCUGCUCGUUCAGGUCCAUUACCACAUCGGCCUCAACCUGCCUCGCCGCCUGCCUUCCCAGCCUGAGCGCAAGGAGGCCAAGAAGGACACACAGCCCUCCGUCUUCGAACCCGUGUGCUGGGUGGUCAAAGUGGUGAAAACCCUGCUGCUGAAGAUGGGCUGCUCAUACGAGGCCACCUUUCUGGAUGACCAGGGCGGCUGGGAGCUCAUGGGGCAGGAGGAGAACCACCACCGAGGCGUGUCCCUGCUGGCCAGGGCCAUGGUGCAGUACUCCUGCCAGGAGCGGUGCCGCAUCCUCUACCUGCUCAUCCCGCUCCUGGAGCGUGGCGAUGAGAAGCACAAGAUCACGGCCACCGCCUUCUUCGUGGAGCUCUUCCAGAUGGAGCAGGUGCGGCGGAUCCCCGAGGAGUACUCCUUGGGGCGGAUGGCGGAAGGCCUGAACCACCACAACCCCAUCAUGAAGGUGCUGUCCAUCCGAGGCCUGGUCAUCCUGGCCCGCAAGACUGAGAAGACCGCCAAGGUGCAGGCCCUGCUGCCCUCCAUGGUGAAGGGCCUGAAGAGCGUGGACGGGCUGCUGGUGAUGGAGGCGGGCCACAACCUCAAGACCAUCUUCAAGGGGCAGGACCGGAAGCUGAAUGACAGCUCGGUCUCUGUGGAGUUGCUGCAGAUCCUGCUGCCACACUUCAGUGACGUGAACACCCACGGAGACAGCGCCCUCACAUUUCUCAGCCAGAGCCUGGAGUACUCGAAGAAUGCCCGGGCCUCCCUCCGCAAGUCCUCGGUCGUGUUCAUAGGGUCCCUGGUCCCCUUCAUGGAUAGCAUAAUGACGGAAGAGCAUCUGAAUGAAGUUAAAGCCGCUCUGGAAAAGUUGAGACACGACCCGGAAGCAUCGGUGUGCAUCUGUGCGGCCCAAGCCCAGGACAACAUCCUGGCCAGCUGCUGGCAGACCUCCUGGCCAAUGCCACAUGCGGACCCGUGGGUGUGCGACCCGGCUGCCACGCACCGCUGGAGCGCCAGCUGCGAGAACCUGCCCACAUUCCACCAGCCUCGCUCCUGGAUCAUGCAGGCCCUCGGCUCCUGGACGACGUCCUUGAGGCAGUGAUGUCCCUGAGCCCCAGCCCU